AACAGACUUUUUGUUGUAAGUAGAAACAGACAUAUCCUUCUAUGUUCUCCCUCUUUAAAUGCACUUCAUGGGGUGGCAGUUGCUGUAGAGACUUUAUGGUAUUUGAGCUAUGAGGAUAUGGUGAGAAAAGGAGAUUGCCUGUCAGUUUCAAUUUGAGAUAGAUCUGUCGGAAUCCAUGUCUUUUGUUUGAAUUUGUUUUCAUGAUUAUUAUCAAAGAUUGUGUUCCCUGUCUGAGCUGAGAACCAGUCUUGCUCGUAGGUUAACAAGAUUAUUCAACAAACAUCACCUAUCUACCACCAUUUACCAGACAUGGUUUUAGAUGACAAGAUUUAGAUGACUACUAAAAUACAGUAGUAAACACUUUUCACUGGAGUCCCUUACAUUCUAAUUAGGGAAGAGAGAAAGAAGUAAAUAAAUGAGAUAAUUUCAUAAUAGAGGAGGGGGACUGGUGUACUUUCCUGAUGGCCUCUCAGGGGAUGGCUAAGGGGACAGAAAGAUGACCUUAGUCUUUUGUGACCUCGACAAGACCAGUUUGAAUGGAGAAGUAUAGACAGAAGUCUGGUUGGAGGAGGCUAAAGAGAGGACAAGAAGAGGUUAAUAACUAAUAUUUAUAUAAGACAAAAGAGAAAGAUGUCAUUCCGUAAAGUAAACAUUGUCAUCCUAGUCCUGGCUGUUGCUCUCUUCUUGCUGGUUUUGCACCAUAACUUCCUUGGCCUGAGCAGUCUGCUGAGGAAUGAAGUUUCAGAUUCAGGAAUUGUGGGGCUUCAGCCUGUAGACUUUAUCCCAAAUGCUCCCCAACAAGCAGUGGAUGGGAGACAAGAAGAGAUUCCUGUGGUCAUUGCUGCAUCUGAAGAUAGGCUCGGGGGGGCCAUUGCAGCCAUAAACAGCAUUCAACACAACACUCGCUCCAAUGUGAUCUUCUACAUUGUUACGCUCAACAGUACAGCAGACCAUCUCCGGUCCUGGCUCAGCAGCAGUACCCUGAAAAGCAUCAGGUACAAAAUUGUGAAUUUUGACACUAAGCUUUUGGAAGGGAAAGUAAAGAAGGAUCCUGACGAGGGGGAAUCCAUUAAACCAUUAACCUUUGCAAGGUUCUACUUGCCAAUUCUGGUUCCCGGCGCAAAGAAGGCCAUAUACAUGGAUGACGAUGUAAUUGUGCAAGGUGAUAUCCUUGCCCUGUACAAUACACCACUGAAGCCAGGACAUGCAGCUGCAUUUUCAGAAGACUGUGAUUCAACCUCUACUAAAGUUGUCAUCCGUGGAGCAGGGAACCAGUACAAUUACAUUGGAUAUCUUGACUAUAAAAAGGAAAGAAUUCGUAAGCUUUCCAUGAAAGCGAGCACCUGCUCAUUUAAUCCUGGAGUUUUUGUCGCAAACUUGACAGAAUGGAAAAAACAGAAUAUAACUAACCAGCUGGAAAAAUGGAUGAAACUCAAUGUAGAAGAAGGAUUGUAUAGCAGAACACUGGCUGGCAGCAUCACAACACCACCUCUGCUGAUCGUAUUUUAUCAACAGCAUUCCACCAUCGACCCUAUGUGGAAUGUUCGCCAUCUUGGUUCCAGCGCUGGAAAACGAUAUUCUCCCCAGUUUGUAAAGGCUGCCAAGUUACUCCAUUGGAAUGGGCACUUUAAACCAUGGGGAAGAACUGCUUCAUAUACUGAUGUCUGGGAAAAAUGGUAUAUUCCGGACCCAACAGGUAAAUUCAGCCUAAUCCGAAGACAUGUGGAGAUCUCAAAUAUAAAGUAAAAUAUAAUUUAUGCUACAAGCAUUUCUCAGGAAAUCCCAGAAGACAGUGUAUGUGGGAAGUAACACUUGCUAGGUUUCAAUGCCUGUCUGCAGCAACCUAUGGAAAAAGACAUUUCAGCUGGGUAGAGGGCAAACUGCCCCAUCUGGCAGUCAGCUUCCUAGACAGACUAUUAACACGCCUCCGUCUGCCUUACCAAGCAUUUGCUUACUGACAGUGCUGAAUGACCAGAGGUGAAUGGACUUAAAUGGCAGGUACAGCUAGUUCAACACUGCUGCUUGGUUUUCAUUUUAUAACCAUAGGUUAUCUAUAAAUAAAGUGAAUACUACAUUUUUCUAAAGGUA